CAGCCGCCCCCUAACCUCCCUAGUCUCCACCCCACACUCCCAACGGAAGGAGACUUCUCCAGCCCCGCCCUUUCCAGCUCCCUAUUCGCGCCAAACGAACGUAUGACGUAUUUUCUGCGUGGCCCAGCCUCCCUCUUCCUUGUUUUCAAACUGAGUGGGCGUGUGUGAUUGGCUGGCGUAGGGGCCACGAGACUAACGGUCGCGGGAAAGCCGCGGAGUCUGAACGGCAGGAGCUGGGCUACCCUGGGCAGCGCUAGCGAGUGGGUCCGCGCGGAGCCUGCAUUGCUGCGGGGCCAGGAGUGGCGCCUACUCAGCGCCGAUAGUGGCAGAGCCGGGGAGCGGCCAGCGUGGGGCCUGCGGCGUGGGAGCGGCCGGCAGGGAGCCAGGGUGUCGGGGAGCGCGUCUCCCCGUGAGCGGGGCCCAUACGGAGCUGGGAGCGGCCCGGAGCCGUGGUCCCGCCAUGAGCUCUGUGAGCCGGCUACAGGCUGCGCCGCGGCGCCUCUCGGUCCGGCCGGUGGACGUCCCGAUCCGGCAGAAGCUGCUGUUCCCAGCCGGCAGCGACGAGGACGACGACGAGGAGGAAGGGGGUAGCAGCGGCAACAGCACCGGCGAGGACUCAGCCUUCCAGGAGGCGGACUCGCCACUCUCGGCAGCCCGCACCCCGGCGCGGGGCGAGCCGCCGCCGCUGGAAGAGGAGGAGAUGGAGCCGGCGGUGUCCGCGCUGCCCGGGGAUGAGGAGGACUCAUGGGAGGAGGAGGGCUUCGGCUCGUCCCCGGUCAAGUCGCCCGGAGCCUACUUCAUGGCUGGCUCGCCCUCGCCGCCACUCAAGGGCCGCCGGUGUUGCGGGGAGUCGCCGACGCAUUUCACUGCAGGCGGGUACCGGGUCCGCAGCGAGGAGCCCCGCUCCCCCCUGCCCGAGUGCCCCGGCACCCCGCCCCACAAGACUUUCCGCAAGUUGCGCCUCUUCGACACACCGCACACGCCCAAGAGUUUGCUUUCCAAAGCUCAAGGAAUGGGCUCCAGUUCAGUUAAACUCCGUGUAGGAUCCCUCUUCAUGAAUGUUGGGAAGUCAGAAAAGCGGGAUGCUGUUAUGAGACGGACACCUCAUGUGAACAUUAAUCCCUUUACUCCAGACUCGCUGUUCCUUCAGACUUCAUCUGGACAGUGUCGUAGAAGAAAGAGAACACAUUGGAAUGACUCUUGUGGGGAGGACAUGGAAGCAAGUGACGGAGAGCUUGAAGAUGAAACUAUCAGACCUGCCAAGCGGAUCACAAUAACAGAAAGUAAUAUGAAGUCACGGUAUGAAACAGAAUUUCAUGAAUUGGAGAAGAUUGGGUCUGGAGAAUUUGGUUCCGUGUUUAAAUGUGUAAAAAGGCUUGAUGGCUGUAUCUAUGCUAUAAAACGGUCCAAGAAGCCCUUAGCUGGCUCAGUUGAUGAGCAGAACGCUUUAAGAGAGGUCUAUGCACAUGCAGUUUUGGGGCAGCAUUCUCAUGUAGUCAGAUACUACUCUGCCUGGGCAGAAGAUGAUCACAUGCUUAUACAGAAUGAGUAUUGUAAUGGUGGCAGUUUAGCUGAUGCCAUAAGUGAAAACUACAGAAAUAUGCGCUAUUUUACUGAACCCGAGCUGAAAGAUCUGUUACUUCAGGUGGCUCGUGGCUUAAAGUAUAUUCAUUCAAUGUCACUGGUACACAUGGAUAUAAAGCCUAGUAAUAUCUUCAUAUCUAGGACAUCCGUUCCAAGUAUGACGUCUGAGGAAGGUGAUGAUGAUGACUGGUCUUCUGACAAAGUUGUAUUUAAAAUAGGUGAUCUUGGUCAUGUAACUAGAGUAUCUAGUCCACAAGUAGAGGAAGGAGAUAGCCGUUUUCUUGCAAAUGAAGUUUUACAAGAGAACUAUACUCACUUGCCGAAAGCUGAUAUUUUUGCUCUUGCUCUAACUGUUGUGUGUGCUGCUGGUGCUGAACCACUUCCGACUAAUGGAGACCAAUGGCAUGAAAUUCGACGAGGAAAACUGCCUAGAAUACCACAAGUUCUUUCUCAAGAAUUAUUGGAGUUAUUAAAAGUUAUGAUUAGUCCAGAUCCAGAGAGAAGACCUACAGCAGUGGCUCUGGGCAAGCAUUCAGUGCUGCUGUCUGCUGCCAAAAAGAGUGCAGAGCAACUUCGUAUAGAGCUGAAUGCUGAGAAGUUCAAAAAUUCACUCUUGCAAAAAGAACUGAAGAAGGCACAAAUGGCAAAAGCUGCAGCAGAAGAGAGGGCACUGUUCACUGAUCGAAUGGCAACUAGAUCUACGACACAGAAUAGAACAUCUCGACUCAUCGGAAAGAAAAUGAACCGCUCAGUUAGUCUUACUAUAUACUGAAAUAUCCAUUCCAAAAAAAAAAAAAAAAAAGAGGAGAGACUAUGAAAUCUUCUUAGUGGAUUGAAUUUUUGAGGAGUUGAAGGAAGAAUUCAAUUUCUGGUUUCUUGCCCAGUCUUCAAUCAGUGUCUCUAGUUUUACAGAAAUAACUUCUAGGAUUUUUAAUUGCAAUAUACAGCUAACUAGCUGUAUUAACAAUUGAGAUAUUGGACUCUAAUAUCUGGUCUAUUGAAAAUGUUGGAUGUUAAUCCAUAAGCCUUUUAGUUACACUGUUAAAUGUUACACCAUCCCAGGGUUAACCACUAUAGUGGUGUGCUGCUUUUUAGUGUUACUACAUUGUAACAAAAGAUAUUUUCCCUAAUAAUCUUAAAAGGGCUUUAUUGAAAUUAGAUUGUCCUUGGAACAGGGAAGGAAUGCUGAGGAGACUGGUUUAAGGCCAUUCAAUAUACCUGGUGUCAGGAAACUUUUUAUUGUGAAUUUUACUUGUCUGUUCAACUGGGAGCACUUUGUAGGCAUUACUUAAACCAUGGAUAAAUAAGCCUGUGGAAGUAUAUGCCAUGUGAAACUGCUGCUAUUUUAGUUUUUUGUCCUUGCUGUAAACUGUAGCAUUAAAACAAUCAUUGUUGUGUUAAUAGGCUUUCUGUUAAAACAAUUAUGUGAAAAAUAUCUAAGCUGCCUUUAGUGAAAGCAGCAUUUUUCUUUAAAGCUAGUGCAUUGUGAACUAAAUGCACCAAUUUUAUAUUUGAACUUUGUAUUAGUGUAGUGCAAUUGUUAAAUGUCUCAGCUAUUAAUGUUUUUGUAAUUUUUUAAUAAAGUUCUCUGAAUGUUGGGGUUUUCCUCUUCUCCCUCCCUUCGGUUUCAUGUUUGUAUGGCUAUUGCAUAUUUUUGUUGGAGUACCUGUACAUAAUUGUGCUGUUUAGUGUAAGUAUUUUGACUGUUCAGUGUUCAUGUACAUAACUGUUUGAUCUUGCUCAUAGUAUACUAUACUAAACUGCAGUCUGGGAUGCCAGAAGACUGAAUUGAAUCUAUUUCAGUAUAAGUUUUGAACUAAAUACAAUUUAGCUGUCUAAUCACUUUUUUCUGAUACUAGUUAAAAGCUGAUAGAUAUUGCUGAAAAUGGAAUUUGUUUAUUACUGGCAUGUCUCUACUCAUUAACUUUGAUUUAAACAAUGUUCCCCAUUUGUGUUUCACUUAUUUGUAUUAGUAUUUAAUUGGAAUAUUAAAAGUCAAAGGUUGAGCUUAA